AGUUGAAAAAAAAAAAAAAAAAAAAACAACGAAUAAAAGGGCCUCUUUAUCGACAAGAAAGAAAGAGAGAGAAAGAAGAAAGAGAAGGGAGUUGUUUGGUUCCUGGGAAUCUCUGUCUUCCCCUCUUUCUCUUCUCUUUGUUCUCGUUAAACUUUACCUAGAAAACGCAAGAAGAGCGAAGAAAGUCAGGAAAUUUUGAGAGACAAAAAGAAAGGGAGAAGGAAAAUAAUUCUGAGAUUUUUUUUUUUGAGUUUGUAUUAAAUUGGAAAAAGAAAUUGUGAAUUUCUGGGCUAUUAUGGAGUUGGAUGGUAUCGACUGUGUGUCAUCCUCUGAUGGGUUGGAUGAGGAUGAGAUCCAUCACCACAAUCUUCAUCAUCACCGCCAUCAAUUUUCUUCAUCAAAGCCUCACAAUGCCGGCGCCAAUAAUAACAAUAACAUCAACAAUGUCGUCGGUCCCGUUGGAAUCGCUCCAGCCACCAGCGUCCAUGAGUUGCUAGAAUGCCCUGUUUGCACCAAUUCUAUGUACCCACCCAUCCAUCAGUGUCAUAAUGGGCACACACUGUGUUCUACCUGUAAAACAAGGGUACACAAUAGGUGCCCCACUUGUCGGCAGGAGCUCGGGGAUAUUAGGUGUUUAGCUCUAGAGAAGGUGGCUGAGUCACUUGAAUUGCCAUGCAAAUAUUGCAACUUGGGGUGCCCGGAGAUAUUCCCAUAUUACAGUAAACUCAAGCAUGAGGUAGUUUGCAACUUCAGACCAUAUAAUUGCCCAUAUGCUGGAUCAGAAUGCUCUAUUGUUGGAGAUAUUCCUUUCCUUGUUUCUCAUUUGAGGGACGAUCACAAGGUGGACAUGCACACAGGAUGCUCUUUCAACCAUCGAUAUGUUAAGUCAAAUCCCCACGAGGUGGAGAAUGCAACUUGGAUGCUGACGGUCUUUCAUUGUUUUGGCCGAUACUUCUGCCUUCACUUUGAGGCCUUUCAGCUUGGUAUGGCCCCCGUUUACAUGGCUUUCCUUCGUUUCAUGGGUGAUGAGACGGAGGCUCGUAGAUACAGCUAUAGCCUUGAGGUUGGGGCAAAUGGCAGGAAACUCAUCUGGGAGGGUUCCCCACGAAGCAUCCGAGAUAGCCAUCGGAAGGUGAGGGAUAGUCAUGAUGGUCUGAUUAUUCAACGAAACAUGGCACUUUUCUUUUCUGGAGGUGAUAGGAAAGAACUAAAGCUUAGAGUUACUGGAAGGAUAUGGAAGGAACAACAAAGUCCUGAAGCUUCUGUGUGCAUACCAAACGUCUGUAGCUAAACAUGUGAUUUUGAUAACACUUUCAAGAUUUGUGUGGUUGAGAGUAUUUUGUGUUUGUGAAAACCUAAGUUUGAGAGCCAAAAUCUUUAAAAUGGCAAAUUCCUUGCA